AUGACAUUUUUGACGAAUCGUUUUUAUUCGUUAAUCGGUUUUGAAAUUCAUGUUAAACUUGCAACAAAAUCAAAGAUAUUUUCGAAAGCAUCCGCUUUGCCUGCUCGUCCUACAAAUACUCAGGUAUCAUUAUUGGAUAUGUCAGUGCCGGGUUCAUUACCAUAUUUAAAUCGUUCGUGUUUAGAAGCCGGGAUACGUAUGGCUUUUGGUUUACAUUGUUCAAUAAAUAAAUCUUCAUUCCUUGAACGUAAACAUUAUUUCUAUCCCGAUUCACCAUCGGGCUAUCAAAUUACUCAGCAGCGUAAACCUUACGCAUUUAAUGGUUUUCUUGAAUAUCCGUUGAUAGCAAAACGUGAUCGAUUACAAGCAAAAUAUGUCCCAGACAAAAAAGAAAUUAUUAAAAAAUGUCGUAUUGAUCGAAUUCAAUUAGAACAUGAUACAGGACGCAGUAUUCACGAUGAGCAUGAUCAACGUACAUUAAUCGAUUUAAAUCGUUCGGGUACCGGUCUUCUUGAAAUUGUUACACAUCCCGAUAUUCGUACAAGUGUUGAAGGUGAAUCGUUUUUAAGAGAAUUAAAUCGUUUAUUGAUUGCAUACAAUAUAUGUGAACAAAGUGGAUUAGAAACACCAGUGAGAGUCGAUGCUAAUGUAUCGGUGCAUGAAAAGAAUACGAAACCAACUGGAUUUCGUGUAGAAAUUAAAAAUAUUUCAAGCUUUGUUGAUGUAAAAAAUGCUGUUGAUUUUGAAUUGAAACGUCAAGAACGAAUGUUGUUAAAUGCACAACCACUUUGUUCCGAAACACGUACAUACGAUUCAAAUAAACGACAAACAAUACAUAUAAGACGAAAAGAAGAAAAAAUCGACUAUUGUUUUAUGCCCGAACCAAAUUUGCCACCAUUAUAUCUAUACGAUGAUAAUGACAUAAUGCCGACAAAUAACCCAAAUUAUAUUAAUAUUGAUGAAAUACAUCGUCAAUUACCUUUGUCACCGUUUAAACAGCGAGAACAAAUGCAAAUAAAAUAUAAAGAUUUUUUAACAACAGAGCAUAUUUUCGAUCUACUUCGUUAUGAAAUGAUGGACUAUUUUAAUGAACUAAUGGCACUAGUCGAACCCUCAGAUAUCAAUCGUCAACAUCUUAUACUCGAAGUACUAUUAGAUGAUGUUAAACGAAUGACAUGGGGUGGAGAGAAGAUGAAUAAAUUUGUAAAAAUCAUUAAACCCGAAUUAUUCUUGCAUAUAAUUGAUUAUUUAGAACGACGUAUUAUUACACGAUUUUCCUUAUAUGAAAUUCUUUUGAUUUCAUAUAAAAAUAAACAGCCAGAUAAAUCAUUGGAGCAAAUAUUAAAUGAUAAUAAUUUAGUUGGUAUAGUAGAUAAUGAAAAACUAGUACCAAUGUGUCAACAGGUUAUUGAUGAUAAUCCAAAACUUGCAGAAAAGUAUAAAACAAAUCCCAAAAAAGCUAUAGAACAAUUGAGAUUAGCAAUAUGUAAACAAUAUCCUGGACGCAUACAUAACGAUCUAGUCAUUGAUAUAUUCACAGAUAUUUUAAAUAAACAAAGUUCGUAA